UUGGCCUCUCUCUAUUUCUCAGAUCCUUGUGGUUUCUUCUUCCUGAUUAUCCUCAAGAAAAGUUUUGAAUUUAAUUAAGAAGCAUUUUAAGAUGAAGUUUGCUGCUUUUUCUGGUUGUUAGGAUAGAUCAAGCUAGAGAAUGGAGAUUGCAAGUCAAGAAGAUCCUAUUCCAAUAAACACUAGUUAUGAUAAUAGUGGAGGUGGGCAUGGGAACAUGACCCAUCAUCUUCAUCAUCAUCAUGCCAAUUCUGCACCAUCAUCUCUCAACAUGACUACUUCAAACCCACUACUAGUCUCCUCAAAUGGUAAUGGUCUUGGCAAAAAUCAUGAUCAUUCUCAUCAUCAUCAUGUGGGUUACAACAUCAUGGUCAGCAACAACAACAUCAAGAAAGAGAAGCCUGUGGUGAUCAAGUACAAGGAAUGCCUAAAGAAUCAUGCAGCUACCAUGGGAGGCAAUGCCAUUGAUGGUUGUGGAGAGUUUAUGCCAAGUGGUGAAGAUGGUUCCAUUGAAGCUCUCACUUGUUCAGCUUGCAACUGCCAUAGAAACUUCCAUAGAAGAGAAAUCGAAGGCGAAGAAAAAACCUUCUCUUUCUCUUACCUCAACCACCACCAACAACCUCCGCCGCAGAGAAAACUCAUGUUCCACCACAAGAUGAUCAAAUCACCAUUACCACAACAAAUGAUAAUGCCAGUUGGUGUUACAACCGCUGGAUCCAACUCAGGGUCAGAGGAUCUUAUGGAGGAAGACGCCGGAGGAAGCUUGACAUUCCGGCAGCCACCACCACCACCACCACCGUAUAGUUACGGACAUAAUCAGAAGAAGAGGUUUAGGACAAAGUUUACUCAAGAGCAAAAGGAAAAGAUGAUGAGUUUUGCGGAGAGAGUUGGUUGGAAGAUUCAGAGACAAGAGGAAUCUGUUGUUCAACAGCUUUGUCAAGAGAUCGGAAUUAGGAGAAGAGUUCUUAAAGUUUGGAUGCACAACAACAAACACAAUCUAUCCAAGAAGAGCAACAACAACAACGUUGAGCUUUCUGCUGGUAAUAAUAACGCUACUACUGAAAAUCUUGCUUCUACUAAUCCUUAGCUUAAGUACUUAAGACUGUUCUUAUACUUGCUUAUCGUAUGGUUAAUGUUUAGCCCUUUCUUUUUUUGUUAAUCAUUUGUUUAGGUAGCUUUACAAAGAUGUGUUUUAAUUAUUAGGGUACUAUAACUUUGGACUUUGGAGUGUGUAAGAUAAGGUUUUGAUGUUUUCUAAUAUGUUUAAGAAAAUUCUUGGCGAUCU